UAGCUCCCACAACGUCAGAAGACCCGCUGAAAUUCAAAGUUGAAGGAGGAGACUGAAAGCAUAAAACAACAAGAGGGUUGUUUCUUGUUUGCUGUCAGUUGGUGUUGACCUGUUUCAUACAUACUGUAACGUUAGUUUCAAACAGACUUCUUUUCAGUAUGGAAGCUGGCGAGGAAAAUACUGGCAAAGUCAACUUGAAAAGACAGAGAGCACCUCUGUCAGAUUCUGAAGACAAUGUCCUCUCACAAUCAGAGGUGAAUGAUGGGCAGAAGCGUCGGCGUCUGGAGGCAGCCGGUGAGGAGAACCGUAGUCCUAAACCAUCCUCCUCUGGACGACUAGCUGAGCUAGACACAAAGCCAGACACACCGAUGGUUCCCUCAGUCCGGUCACGAGUCCAGCAACUCAGCCAGAGACGAGAGGGUAAUCCUACCUUCGCAGGAGGAGCUCCCCUGGCCCAGCGUUGCCUGUCAGAUCCUGGGGCUGACAGCCCAUCAGCCAUCAUCCAGGAAAAGGGCUUCAGAGCUCAUCUCCUCGGUGAGGGAGAAUUUAAUCAGCGAAUGGAGCGAUUUAAAGUGCCAGUCUUCCAGGCUAGCCUGGGCUCCACGCUGAGCCCUGCCAACCCCUGCCCUGAGAUCCGCUCCAACUUUGUAUCUGGCAUCCAGAAUAAACUCCACAGCAGUACAACUCCCAGCUCCAAACAGGCUUCUCGCAUUCGCCAGGAACGUGAGCAAGAGCUGAACCAGCUGCAUUUCCAACCAAUCAGUGAGAAUGCCUGGCUGAAAAGGAGCAGCUCUGAUCCCUCGUUAAAUCAGCAGGGAAGGACCCCUCCUGGCCCCUCAUCUCCCUCCUCCUGGGUUCCUAGAUCUAGAAGGAGAGUUCAGUGGCCUCCCAUGCAGCCCUGGGAUGCGGAUGGUGAUGCUGAGAUGAAAGAUGGCAGUUUCACUGAAGCUUCUACAUCAAGAGUAAAGAAGCAAUCUUCAGAUGGGACAGGUGAAAAGGCCCUCAGUGACUCUGAAGCUGCUGCAGCAUCUGUAGAGCUUGAUAACUCGAAUGAAGGGCAGCUGGAAAUGGAAUUGAAGGAGCAAAAUACUCAUCAGGCUGAAGAAGCCGGGGAGGAGAAAAAGCACAAGGCUUCGGUUGGAAAUGAGGAAAUGCAGCUAGGGCCCCAACAACCACAGACCCAGUCUGUAUUGAAGUUGUCUUUUAGCGAGGAUCAGAGUUUCUCCAGAUCAUCUUUUGGUGAGGACCAGAAUGUGUCAGAGUUGCCUAUAGGUGAAGAGCAGAGCUUGCUAGAAUCAACGGAGGACUCCUACAUGAAGGAAACAGGUGAGGUUUCCAAAGUAACUGAACAGGGCGGGUCUGAGGAGUUUUCAGUUGAAGAAUUUGAUGACCUUGAUGGUUCUUCAUACAGUGAAGAUGUGAUUGAGCCUUCAACAGAUGAGGAGUCAAGGUCAUGGAGAUAUCCUCAACAUAAGGUGUGCAAGGAGGAAGAGUCUAUAGUUGAAGAACAGGAGGAAUAUGCGUGCGUUAAAGAGGAGAGGGUGGAUUUGGAGUCAACCAGAGUAGGAAAAGAUAAAGGAGGCAGCGUUGCAGAUCACAGUGAACCCUCUGACUCCCAGGAUGGUGAAUGUUAUUUGGAUGAUGUCUCUGCUGAGAUUGCUGACUCCUCUGAAAUGCAGAAAGAUGAGAAACCCAGACUUGAGGAGCAAGAUUUAGAGUCAGAGAGCUGGUUAGAUGACCCUGUGAAGGACCAGUCUACUUUAAAUGAGGGAGCAGUUACAGGAGAUAUUGACAUCUUUACAAUUAAGCAAGACCAGAAAGACAGAGAAGGAUGUACUCAUAAGGAUGAUGUAUGUCAACAGUCAAAGGGGAUCCAGACAGUCAAUAUAAAAGAAGAGAACAUGAAUCUAGAGUCAGACAGAAGAGGCCAAAAAAGCGGAGUGAAACAAACCGAGGCAUCUCGUUUUGCAUGUGUGGCUGAGGCUCUGAUAGAAACACAGACUGGGUAUACACAGUUUGAAAGAAAUAUUGAAGAUGUAGCAAAACCUAAAGCAGAGACUCAGGCCGAAUCACCAGACAUUAAUGGAAGUGAUGGAGCUCAGUGUUUGAUAGAGUCCCAGGUGUCAGAACCCCUUUUGGAGAGAGAGGAAAUGGAGCAAGAUGCAGAAAGGCAGGGUGCUAUAAAUGCAGUGACCGGAAAAACCUACAACACAGAGGGAGGAGAGAGCUCUAAGAAAGUCACCUUUAUCCUGGAGCCUGAGCUAAUCAAUGACUCAACCCUGUCUGAGACCAAUACUUCCAUGGAGUCCAGGGCAGAGACAAGCAUGUCGGAUGCUGAACUAAGCUCUCAUGAUGAGACCAACACUGCUGAAAUAAUCGACCAGAUGUUUGAGGAGGUUCUGGAAUAUGCUGGAAGGAUGGAGGAGGGGAGGGCGGAUGAUGACGACAUUGAGGACUACGACAGUGGGAUUUGCGCUUGUUCUGCAGACAAAGAUAAGAUGGAAACGGAGUUAGAGAAAGAGAAAAGUGAAGAAGAGGCGGAAACCAAAGAAGAAGAGUGUGAUGAGAGCAAGAAGCUUGAAAGCAACGGAGAUGAGCUGCUGACUUUUCCUCCUGACGGCAUCCUCUCUCCCCUCAGCAAGUCUGUAGAGGCCGUGGUCACCCCUCUACGGCUGGCAGCGAGCCAGAUGUCCAAUACUCCAUCUCUGCUCGUGACUCCAGAAGAGACCACUACCCCUCCUGCUCCUCUAUACAGUAUUGAUGCCUACCGCACACAACGACAGAGUAAGCUGCCCACCACUCAGAGUGUCUCUCCUGGGGUUCGGAGACGAGCUCCAGAGAUGUCCCAACCUCAGCCCUCUGUCAACACCAAGGAGAAAAUCAAGGCUCUUAAUGAAGAAGCAGGGAAGCUGCAGACUGUGGUCAACCAGACCCUGCAGGCUCUGAGCUGCUGUACCGAUGAGGAGCACGGACGAGGCUCACUGGAAGAGGCUGAAGCUGAGAAGCUACUGCUGGUCUCCUGCGAGAAACGUUCUGCCCUGUUGGCAGAGGUGGCCAGACUGAGGGAGGAGAAGAACUCCGAGUCAGGAGAGGCAGCAGGGGAGGACAAGGACUGUGUUUCCCAGCAGCCCUGCAGAGGGACUGUCAGCAUCACAAACAUUCAGUUGCCUCUCAAGGUUGAAUUUGUCUGCUCCUCCUACAACCGCACAGGUCGGCCAAGUCACUACUUCUUUGUCCUGAUCCGCUACGGGCCCUGCAACAUUGUGGCCACGCCACUGGCCACGGCUGCUGAUGCUCAAAAUGGAGACACCAUCUCCUUCCCUACUUCUGUCACUCUGAAGGAUAUUCGCUCAUCCUUUGAGAUUGAUGUGGAAGUCUACAGCCUGUCCCACACUUCAGGUAGUAACUGCAGCACGGAUCGGACCACCACCAAGUCACGGGUCACACCAAGAAAGCUUCUGAAUACUAUCACUAGAUCUGGUCACAGUCUGACAUCUGCUGCUCUUCCUGCUCUCAACACUCGUCGCUCCAGUAACUUUUGUCUGGUGGGCUCCCAUAAGAUCACAUUGGCCUCCCUGGGACACAGCAAGUUCCCUCUGGAUAAGAUGAAAUUUGAAGGCAAAAUCAGGAGGCUGCUGGGAGAUGAAUUUCAGGAAAAGGUGCCUUUUCUCUCUCCUCUAGAGGGCAGCAUCUACCUGCAACUGGACAGUGAAAGUCACUCUAAUGUGCAGCACCAAGGCUUCCUGACAAUGUUUGAGUUGAUCAGUGGAUAUGGGGUGUGGCAUCGCCGAUAUUUUGUUCUGGAGGGAUGCAACAUGUACUACUGGAACCACCCCAAUGACAGAGAAACAAAGGACGCAGAGGGCAGCAUUUCUCUGUCCAGCUCUCCCAGUCAGUGUGUCAGGCCUGUGGAGAGGGACUUGUGUGCGCGACCUUUCACCUUUGAGCUAGUGAGCAACACCCCGCAGCAGCAGCAGGAUGACAGCCAGGAUGCCUUUGCCAAGUGUUGGUUUUCAGCUGACACCAAACAGGAAAGGCUGGACUGGAUGGAGAAACUCACCCAAGCUCUUCUGGACCAUCACACAUGGAACCGAACGUCAGGACGUCAGCAGCCCAACACGUCCAGCAGUUGGAACUUGAGGGAGAGCAUACUGUAAAUACAUCACUAAGCCAAAAGACCUGCUCACAUGCGAUCUGUUGCAGUUUCUGCUGCCUUGGAUCUGUGAUAGCACCCUGGAAGCAGCCUUUAAAUGGCAGGUAGAUGAGCUGACAUCAGGCUUUAGAUUCUUUAUCUCAGAGCUGCAGGAGAUGAGCCUGUUCUUUGUAGGCUCCGUUUCACUGUUGAAAUGAAAGUGUCAAAUUACAAACAGUUGGCAAGGCAAAACGUUAUGUAUCUUAUGUUGAUUUAUCUUUGGGAGAUAUCUAUUUGAUUUUCAUACAGUUUGUUUCUUUUAACCUGAAUCCAAUCAUUACUGUUGGUAUUUGCUAAGUUACAGUUGCCAUUUGAAAAGUUUUAGUUUUUCUUUAUCAUCAUUUUGUGGAAAUUAGGUUUUAUUUUGACUUGUUUCUCUGUGGCAAUCAGCUGCUUUAGCCAUUGUUGGUAAUAUUAUUUGGUCACUUUCAAGAGCGACGGUGAACCUUCUCUUGUAGCUUAUAUAUAUAUUUGAAGUAAUUUACACAUAUUUAGAUUAAUAUUGUAUUUUUGUAUCGUUUGAACUGGAAGGAUAAAUAAAAAAACUAAUAAAUAUUGAAGAAGGAAAUUUUACACUCUAGUAAACUAACCUAGGGUGAGAAUGUAUUAGAAGAGGUGUUGGAAUGGGAGCUUUCUUGAUAAUGGGCCCAGUCAAUCAAUUCUAGGUGGAAGUUAGCGCAGGAUUUUUGUUCCACUGAACCAACAUAUAUUUGGUCGUUAAUUCUCUGAAAUGUGACAGAACAACACUUUUGCCUGUGUGCCUUUUUUCCUGAAGGAAUAACCAGUCAAAAUCUGUAUCUAUCCCUCUUGUCAGUACGUGUCACUGGCAUCUUGUUUUUUUUUUACCUUUUUCCCAGUGGCCUGAAGUGGUCAUUCUUAUUCCAUAUUCAAGUACAUGAUUUGUGUUACUCACACACACAAACCCAUAUAUUUACAUGUUUAAACCCAUAUUAUAUGUGUAAUACAGUGGGUGAGAGAUCUAAUGAGGUAAAAGAAGGGGCCGUAAUGAUGCUGCUGCAAUGAAUGUAGUUUGUUCUGUCCUGUCCCUAUGUCCUGUUCUUUUUCAUGUAUUUCCACUUAUCACUCUGUCUCUUUGUUCUAAAUGUUAUUCGUGUGAACUCUCAUUCUAUGCAGUUAAUUGAAGGUACCAAUAAAAUAAAUGGAUUGAAAUUGCUACCAAA